GCACAUACAAACAAACAAUCAUUCGCACUCACAUUCACACCUAUGGGCAAUUUAGAGUUGUCAAUUAACCUACCAUGCAUGUUUUUGGGAUGUGGGAGGAAACCGGAGUGCCCGGAGAAAACCCACGCAGGCACGGGGAGAACAUGCAAACUCCACACAGGCGGGGCCGGGAAUUGAACCCCGCUCUAACCAGUCGACAACCGUGCCACCUCAAGAUGAGGAACACAUUUUUUAUUUUAUUUUGUUUUAAAAUUCAGCUCAUUGGCAGCAUUUCGCAGCAUUCACACUCAAUUUGUUGCAUGUUACAAUUCCUACACUAGCUCCAGGUUAUUUUGACUACUAUUUAUUGAAAAAUAAUUAGGCUGCUUAGCAACUAUAGUACCUUUAGUCACUACCUGCUAAAAAAAAAAAGUGAUAGGUUAAAAAGUAAAACCAGUCAGAGUGGAUUUUGGGAUUUUAAAAUUGCAUGAAAUCCACAAGCUCCUCACUGAAGAGCUGAAAGACAAUGUGUGUGUGUGUGUGUGUGUGUGCGCGCGCAUGUGCGUGCACAUGUGUGUUGGGGCCAUGAAAUCAUGAUACCAAAAAAGAAAGCAGAAACACAAUGUGUACCAAAGUGGGUGAGGGUGGAUUAUUGGAGAGAGAGAGAGAGGGAACUGCUUUCUUCGGCUUGGAUAUUGGAGCAUCAAAGCAAAGAGAGUAGGACGAAAAACUUUAUCUGGAUUUUACUUUGUUCUGGUAAUAUUUUAUUCUCAUUGGAAAUUAACAGUGUGGAGUUACAAAGUCAUACAGCUCUUCUAUUUUUGGAUCUCACUGCUGCUGUCAAUGAUCAGACCUAAAAAUCAUGGUUUUUUUUUCAAACAAAAUUUUGGGACCAAAAGCUCUAAUUGCUAAAGGAAUUUCUGCAUGCUGCAACAGUUGGAAACCAGCUAAAGCUUCAUUAUUAAUUUAAACACUGUUGAACAUUUGCUUGACUUUAUUGUUAUGUUUUUGUUUCACAUUGUGUUCAUACUUACUUACACAUAGGACGAACAUGUGGUCUUGCAUAACUGACUUCUUCACCUAUGAAACCACAAAGUCAGUGGUAGUCAAGAGCUGGACAAUCGGCAUCAUCAACCGAGCCGUCCAACUCCUCAUCUUCACUUAUUUCAUCGGGUGGGUAUUUGUUUAUGAAAAGGCUUACCAAGUGAGGGACACAGCAAUUGAAUCUUCAGUGAUGACAAAAGUAAAAGGUUUUGGAGUCCACAAUGACAAAGUCAUGGAUGUUGCAGACUAUGUCACGCCAACACAGGGAGCUUCUGUCUUCUGCAUCAUUACCAAAUUGAUAACAACGGAAAACCAAGUCCAAGGCCACUGUCCAGAGAGUGAGGAUAAAUAUAUUUGUACCCAUGACAGCAACUGCACACGGUUUGUUAACAAGCCAGGAAGUUAUGGAAUUCUUACAGGAAGAUGUGUUGCUUUCAAAGCCACUAUCAAGACCUGUGAAAUUAAAGGGUGGUGUCCUGCUGAGAUUGAUACCAUAAAAACCACACCAAUGAUCGAAGUGGAAAAUUUCACGAUUUUCAUCAAAAACAGCAUUCGAUUUCCAACCUUCAAUUACACAAAAGGCAACUUCCUCCCCAACAUCACCGACGAGUACAUCAAUAAAUGUAACUUUGACAUGGUCAACAAUACUUAUUGCCCCAUCUUCAAAGUGGGAGAUGUAGUCCGCUAUGCACAGCAGAACUUCACCAAACUUGCAGACAAGGGGGGUGUGAUAGGAAUAAAGAUUGGCUGGAUGUGUGAUUUGGACAAAUCAGACGACCAGUGCAACCCUUCAUACUCAUUCACUCGACUGGAUGCGAUGUCACAGAAGAACACUGUCUCACCUGGUUACAAUUUCAGAUUUGCCAAAUAUUAUAAGAUGGAAAAUGGGACCGACUACCGUACAUUGGUGAAAGCCUAUGCAAUAAGGUUUGAUGUGCUCGUCAAUGGAAAUGCAGGAAAGUUCAACAUGAUUCCCACACUUAUCAACAUGGUAGCAGCCUUCACUUCAAUUGGUGUGGGUACUGUGCUAUGUGACAUCAUACUGCUGAACUUUCUGAAGGGAGCAGAGCUGUACAAGGCCAAGAAAUUUGAAGAGGUGUCGGACAACUCACUGGAUUCUCAAAACAGCAGGCUUUAUCGCAGCCAGCUGUCACAUCAAAACAAUGAAGCCUUUAUGAAGUCCAGUGAUUUGGGAUCUUAUUCCACUGAAUAUUACAGCUACCAGUGAGAGGGUCCAAAUCAGUGGUGUGUUUUUAAAAUGUAAAUUAAGAAUGUAUUUUAAAAAUAUAUAAAAAUGUUUGCAUGGUGAAAGUUAGUCUGAUUUUCAUGAAUAUUAAUUAAUUAUUAAAUUUUGCUAAUGGAAUUACAUGUUUAUCCUUUACAGUUACUGUAUUAUCAUGUAAUAGAAUAUCUAUGUUAUGAUAAUAAUUGUUACUCCAGUAUUAAACAACAGAUACAUUGUGACCUUUGUGUCAUUAUAUAAUAAUUAUAUAGUGUCAAUUCAGUUAUCUCAAGAGAUUUUUCAUAUGGAUUAGGUCUCGGAUUACGUGCAGCACAGAUUAAUGAAAAACAACUGAAUGCUAAAUGAGCAAGCACAUUGAGACGAAUGCAAGGGAAUUCAAUUUCAAUGGUAAUGGAGAUCUGCUUUCAAUUGAACUAUUGCUGGUGUUGACAGAUUUACUUUUCCAAAGGAAACCACGUUUCAUUUGUAUACAGUGUAAAAACAUUCAUAUUGACAUAUAUUAGCAGCUCAGAUCAAGCUAUCAUUCAAAAACGUGGAUUGUGGGAUAAUUUGUAAUGGGAAAGUUGCUUGGGUGGGGCGUCUUACUUUGACUUUUAAUUUACCGGUACUUUUACUUAUUACUGUAGUACUGUAAUGUUCCCUGUCAAACUCAAA